AUGGGGAGAAACAACCCCCAAAUGGGCCCUGCAGCAUGCAAUUCGGAUUUAGUCAGAGCUCCAAUGUGGGCUCCGAACACCGGGUGGAAAACCAAAGAAAGACAAUGGGGAGAAAAAAGUCAGGAAAGAGAGAAGAUUUUAGCAGGAAAUGAAACCCACAGUGUUCCUCACGUUCUAUCAAACGGUGCAAGCUUGAUAAAAAAGCUAAAAAGAACAUUUUUUGUUGGUUGUAGCUAUAUCUCUAAGGGCUAUGAAGAUUUUAUAAGAAGAGAUGUGAAGGUGGAUGAAGAUGCUUAUUGGAAUUCGAAUAUCUCUCAAGUCAGAAGGAUUGAUGUUCAACCUGCGUUAGAAGAUUCAAAUGAAGACUUGGAAGCGCAGAAUGAUAAAGAUUUUUUUGUUAGACGUACUAGAACUUUUGCAAAAAUUUGUGGAAGAUGUAAUCUUGUUUUCCCUAAACCUUCAAACUUUCAAGAUGCCGGUGGGAUUGAAGAAUGGAUGAGAGGAAUGAAGGAGGAAAUAGCCAUGAUUGAGAAGAACAAGACAUGGAAGCUCAUUGACAAACUUGAAAGAAAGCAAAAAGUUUUUAUACGUAGAGAUGUGAAGGUGGAUGAAGAGUCUUAUUGUGAUUUGAAUAUCUCUCAAGUCCGAAGGAUGGAUAUUGAACCUGCUUUAGAAGAUUCGAAUAAAGACUUCGAAGCAAAUGAUGAUGAAGAUUUUUAUGUUAGAGGUUCUAGAUCUUUGGCAAAAAUUAUGGAAGAUGUUUACGUAGAGAAGUUUCAUGCAUAUGAAUCAAUAAACAAGAGCAAAGAGUACUUGGUUGUUAAAGUUUAUUCUCAAAAGCCUGGAGUUGAUUAUUUAGAUAGUUCUGCACCUGUUGCAAGGAUGAACGCCAUCAGUAUUUUAAUUGCAUUGGCAACACAGAUGAUGUGGAAAAUCCUUUAUUUAGAUGUUAAAUCUGCCUUCCGAAAUGGUUUUCUAGAAGAUGAGAUUUAUUGA